CCAAUAAACGUUCAUUUGCUGCCAAAAGAGGGAAAGACAGAGCCACAAGUCUGAACGUGAGCGCCAAUGGCGACCCUCACAAGCCAGUUAUCUUCACAAUUACCAAUUGGAGUAGUAGCAUUUCUCCUCGCUUUCAACAUUGUCCUCUCCUUCACUGCAUCUCUUGGUAAUGCUCUGCUUCUAUUAACAUUUUAUAAAGUGUCCUCUUUGCAUCCCGCUGCAAAGGUCUUGUUUGAAUGUCUAGCCGCUACCGAUAUUUGUGUGGGUCUUUUUUCACAACCUCUGUUCGUGACUGUUUUAUUUCUUUACAUUGAUCUUGGUAACACCGACAUAGAUAUUUUGUAUUACGUCGAAGAGGUUGUUUGUAUAUCCAACUAUGUUUUGUUUGGAGUGACUGUACUGAUAUCAACAGCCAUCAGUGUUGACAGACUUCUUGUUCUGUUAUUGAGGCUGAGAUACAGACAAGUUGUGACACUAAAGCGAACUCAAGCUGUUAUACUUUUAUGCUGGAUAAUUGCUGUUUUAUGCGGAUUGGUUCGUGUCUGGAGUCAAACGGUUUCGGAGAUUGUUGCUUUUGUGGCCGUUGUGGUAUCUCUGGUUACUUCCGUGUUUUGCUACGUAAAGAUCCACCUGAGAUUACAGCGGUACCAGGCUGAAGUAGAAGACAACCCUGGCGAAGGACGGUCAAACGCAGGAGAAGAUAUAGGAGUAGGAAAAGAUGAAGCAGGCGCAAUAACGGGGACAAGAACAGCCACAGAAGAAGGAGCAGGAGUAAAAGGAAGGAGAAUAAGAAGAAGAGGAAGACAUAACAUCAAUUAGUCUCUUUUUUUUGCCAUGAAAUACAAUGAGAUAUUGAUUGAGAAUUGAUUCUUUCUAUCUAUUUUGGACGGGUUUCUAAUAUUUAUUUAAAGAUCGC